AGUUACUUGUUAUUCUCGUGCAAGCCUGAGUACCGGUCUGCCGUGUGGUAACAUUGUUCCCGCGCAAAAUAUCGUGGGAGCACGCCGAACGUUUAAUAGUUUAACGUUAGUGUUAUUUAGAUUACGUUAGAAUACCAAUUUUAAUCGAAACAGAAAUGGAUAAUGUUGAUAGAGAUCAGAGACUCGAAGAGAUACAAAGGGAGUACUUGGAUUUUUUAGAUGACAUGGAGGAUCAAGGCAUUUAUACUACUCUCGUUAAGAAUAUGAUCGACGAGAACAAACGCAGACUGUUAGUCAACGUUAAUGAUUUAAGAAGGAAAAAUCCCACUCGGGCAAUAAGCCUGUUGAACAAUUCUUUCGAAGAACAUCAAGUUUUCCAAAAUGCGUUGAAGCAUUUCGUUGGGCACAUUUACACAGAUUAUGCAAAAGCAAACAUAGAUUUUUUUAUAGGAUUUGAAGGAAGUUUUGGAAAUAAACAUGUCACACCGAGAACUCUUACGUCAAGGUUUUUAGGUAAUUUGGUAUGCGUGGAAGGUAUUGCUACAAAAUGCUCUUUGGUGCGACCAAAAGUUGUAAGAAGCGUUCACUAUUGUACCACAACAAAGACAGUGAUAGAAAGAGCGUACACAGAUAUGACUUCGUUUGAUGCAUUUCCACAAUCUGCUAUAUAUCCAACAAUGGAUGAGGAUGGUAAUCCUUUAGAAACAGAAUUUGGUCUUUCUGUAUACAAAGAUCAUCAAACGUUAACUAUACAAGAAAUGCCGGAGAAAGCACCCACUGGUCAGUUACCACGAAGUAUUGACGUUGUUUGUGAUAACGAUUUAGUGGAUCUUUGCAAACCAGGGGACAGAGUACAGAUUGUUGGAAGUUUCAGGUGUAUGCCUAGCAAACAAGGAGGAUAUACAGCAGGCACUUUUAGAACAAUUUUAAUUGCUAACAAUAUCAUGCAAUUAAGCAAAGAUGCUAAUCUAGCUAUUUCUCAUGAUGAUGUGGCUAUGUGUAAAAAACUUGCCAAAACAAAUGCAUGUAAAAAUAUUUUCGAGUUACUCAGUAAAUCAUUGGCACCUACUAUUUAUGGACACGAUUAUGUAAAGAAAGCUAUAUUAUGUUUACUACUUGGUGGUGUUGAGAAAGUAUUACCUAACGGUACAAGAUUAAGAGGAGACAUUAAUGUUAUGCUAAUUGGUGAUCCAUCCGUUGCAAAAUCACAACUUCUACGUUAUGUUUUGUGUACUGCACCAAGAGCAAUACCAACUACUGGUAGAGGAUCUUCCGGUGUUGGAUUAACAGCUGCUGUUACCAUAGAUAAUGAAACGGGGGAACGCAGACUCGAAGCUGGUGCGAUGGUAUUGGCAGAUCGAGGAAUCAUUUGCAUAGAUGAGUUUGAUAAAAUGUCAGACAUUGAUCGAACAGCUAUACACGAAGUAAUGGAACAAGGAAAAGUAACCAUUGCCAAAGCUGGAAUACAUGCCAGCUUAAAUGCACGAUGUUCGGUGUUAGCAGCUGCAAAUCCAGUUUAUGGAAGAUAUGAUCAAUAUAAAACGCCAAUGGAAAACAUUGGUCUCCAAGAUUCGCUGCUUUCACGUUUUGAUCUACUAUUUGUCAUGUUGGAUAUAGUAGAUUCCGAUCAGGAUCAAAUAAUCAGUGAUCAUGUUGUAAGAAUGCACAGGUUUAGGAAUUCGACGGAACAAGAUGGAGAAGCAUUGCCGUUUGGUGCUAAAGUAGAUGUGUUAACCACUAAAAAUCCAGAUCAGAUUUUUUCCGAUGAUACGGAAAUUCAAGUUUAUCAAAAAUAUGAUCCUUUAUUACAUGGGCAAUUACGUUCAAAAAGCGAUCAAAUUUUUACUAUAAAUUUUAUGAGAAAAUACAUUUACAUCGCUCGUUGUAUGAAACCAAAACUUACGGAAGAGGCUAGCAACGUAAUUGCUGCCGAGUAUUCAAAACUACGGUCAGAAGAAUCAGUGGAAACCAAUGUAGCAAGGACUCAACCUAUAACAGCUCGUAGUUUGGAAACGUUGAUUCGAUUAUCUACGGCACACGCAAAGGCUCGUUUAUCAAAGAACGUUACAGCCGAAGAUGCUUACGCGGCGAUAGAACUUGUAGAGUUCGCCUAUUUUAAGCGAGUAUUAGGAAAAGAAAAGAAAAAACGAAGGCGGCACGAUAGCGAAGAUAGCAACACGGAGGAUAAAGAAUUGGAGAAGAAAAAGAAACGUACGAGAAAAACGAAAACACCUGGAGAACAUGAUCCUUAUGACUUUGAUAGCGAUGAUGCCGAUAGCCACAUCGAUGAACCAAUGAUAGUCACCAGAUUACAAAAAGAAACUGUGUCAAGUUCACAAAGCCGAUCUGACAAAUCGUCGGCGCCAGAUUCUGAUCAAACUAUGUUAGAAACCCCUGCAACUAUUACCGAGGAAAGACUGAAAGUGUUUAGAACGCUUCUUCACAAGUUGUUUCAACAAGAAAGGGCGCAAUCGCUUGCAUUAUCAAGAGUACGCGAAUUCAUCAACAGUGAACAAUCACAAGAGUUUACCUCGGGUGAAAUUACUGCCGCAAUUAAUAAAAUGUCCGACGCUAAUCAAAUAAUGGCUGCAGAUGAUAACAUAUUUCUUAUGUAA